ACAGGAAGCGAUUAACGCGCCACGGUGACGAGCGCGAGUUGGAUUCCGUUUGAGCACAUAUAGAUUUAGUCAGCGGUGUUCAUUCCCAGAUAGCGUAGUUUGAUUUUUUUUAUUAUUAUUAUUGAGAAAUAUGGCGAUAAUUUAUUUCACGGUGGUAUUUGAGCAUAACUUUGGGGUAAAUUCUUAGAUGGAUCCCGAUUUUAGAAAAGAAACAUGACUUCUAAUACUUUGAAAGCGACUGAAGCCCUUGUUCAUGACAUUGGUGAACAAGAGUUGGACUUCUCAGAUCUGUUUUUAUGCGAUGGUUUCGCCUCCGAUCCUGAUCAAGGACAUAAUUUGCAUGAUGACACCCAUCACCCUGAAAUGGCGCUGCACAUGUCCGCCGACAUCCCCAGCUCAGUCCACUCAGCAUCCAGCCAUAGCCCCUCCCCACCUACUCUGGCUACAGUCGGUCAGUAUAGGGCCAGCCUGGGGUUCCCCUCCUUGGGCCAUGCCUCCAGCCCGGGGAUCAUCCCCGCUCCCAGCCCCAGGAUUGAGAUAACACCGUCGGCCGACACUCUCAGCUCCAACGUGUCGGAUCGGAGCCCCAGCUCCAAGGCCCUGGGACCCUACAGGGACCAGCCCUGUGUCAGCCCGGCCAGCAGCAACUCCUCCAGCGGCUGGCCCCUCGAAGGCUGCUCUCCCUCCGUGUCUCCCAACAUCUCUCCGGCCAACUGCAGCGGCGGUGCUGCCGCGCUGUCGGCCCUGGACCUGGGUCGGGGCAUCCAGGGCAUCGUGGGCACUUUCUCCGCCCACUCCUCCCCGGGGGCUUCCCCUCGCACCAGCAUCACAGAAGAAACCUUCCUGGUGCCCCAGCACCACCGGGCCGCCUCCCCGCUGCCCCACCAGCGCUCCCGCUCCGUGUCACCCAAGGGCAAGCGGCGCUACGAUCAGGAGCAUGGCGGCCACCCCUGCUUGGGCGGUGGCACCCCGGUCAAGCAGCGCUCUCGAAGCCCCAGCCCCAUCCCCAGCGGAUCCGUCGCCGGCCCGGAACACCACGGAACCUACCUGCCUGCCCACUACCAGGCGGGGUCCUCUGAGCCCCUGCCCCGGGCCGGGGAGUGUUCUUCCAGCCUGCUGGAGGACAUGCUGGGCGGCUUCAUCUCCCCCGGUCUACCUAAAGCAGCCGCUCCGUCUAACCUGCAGGAGGUUGAGUCUUUCGCGGAGGAGAGCUGUGUGUAUGUUCAGGCCCAGAGGCAGGACCGUAGCUAUGGAGACGGGCGGUGCUGGAUCACAGACCGGGACGGAAGGCGAAGCGGAGCAGGGGCCGAGGUCCAGCCCGCUGAGGCCCUCUAUCUGCUCCCACAUAUCUGGCCGCCCUACAUUCCCGCUGGCCACAAAGUCUACAGUGGCCUCCCUGUGGCUACAGCGCCGUCUCUGGAGUGGCCCCUGCCCAGUCAGUCUGGUCCCUAUGAACUGGUGCUCCACCAGCAGCCCAAGUCGCACCACAGAGCCCACUAUGAGACCGAGGGCAGCCGAGGGGCUGUCAAGACCCCCAAUGGAGGGCAUCCGGUCAUACAGCUUGUGGGCUUCCGAGGAGCCGGGCCCCUGGCCCUGCAGGUCUUCAUAGGGAUGGCCGAUGAGCGAGUGCUGAAGCCCCAUGCCUUCUACCAGGUGCACCGCAUCACUGGGAAGACGGUCACCACCGCCAGCCUGGAGAGGAUGGUGAACGGCACCAAGGUCUUGGAGAUCGCCCUGGAGCCCAAGAACAACAUGACAGCGUUGAUCGACUGCGCUGGGAUCCUCAAGCUGCGCAAUGCCGACAUCGAGCAGAGGAACAGCGAGACGGACAUCGGCAGGAAGAACACGCGCGUUCGCCUGGUGUUCCGGGUGCAUGUACCUCAGCCCCCCGGCGGCUUCAUCUCCCUCCAAGUGGCCUCCCUGCCUAUAGAGUGCUCUCAACGUUCGGCCCAGGAGCUGCCGGCAGUGGAGAGGCAGGAUCUUGACGAGUGUUCGGUGCUGGGCGGUCAGCAGAUGGUUCUGACUGGACAGAAUUUCAACUCAGACUCCAAGGUCAUCUUCUCAGAGAGGAUGCAAGAUGGACAGCAGAUCUGGGAAGUUGAGGCCAAUGUGGACCGUGACAAGACCCAGCCUGCCAUGCUGUUCGUUUCGGUUCCUCCAUAUCGAGACCCGACCAUUUCUCAAGUGGCCAAAGUCAACUUUUACGUGGUCAACGGGAAGAAAAGGCGCAGCCAGCCGCAGCAUUUCAUCUACACGCCCCUUAAAGCCAUUAAAACGGAACCGUUCACCAACUACGAUAUGUACGGCUGUGUAGACCCUCAAGCCUUUGACCCGAACCAAAGGUCACUCCAUCGUCACCCCCACCACGACAGCCUAUCGAAUGCCAGCAACCUCCCGCCGAUAUUAUACCAUGUGAACAACCAUGUGCCGGCAGCCAUACACGAGCCGAUGCCCACGUACCACGAGGAAGACGAGCUGCUCUUCUACCCGUCCAAAAACACCCCGAGUCAACUCUACCACGCCUGGAACCAGCACCAGGCUGAUCCGAUCGGUGGCUGCUACCCAGUGCUGAGGCACAACGCCGAACCACACCAGCGCCUCUGCUCCUCCCUCGGUGUGCCACAUCUCUCCAUCCAUCACCCGUCCAACCCGGCCCACUGCCUCGACAACGGCGUCGCCAUCGGCGACAAACUCCAACGCGGGGGAGAAAGCUACCGAGCGGUGACCAUGGCGGCACUACCUGAAGGAAGUGAUCCGUUCGGGGCCUGCUUGGUGGCCCCCAGGCACCAGGGUUACUCACACACCGUGGGGCUCCUGGGAAAGUCCCCUCCGACGUCGUCGUCGUCGUCGUCGUCUUCGAGUUGUGCUCAGAGACGAGGUGCAGACAAGGUGUUUGUGAGCCGGCCGGAGCUGUGCGGGCACCCCCCGCUGACCCAGAGAGGGGAGGCCGGGACGGGACGCCCCUGGAACGACGUGGCGGGGGAGAGAGGGGUGAAGCAGGAACACCCAGGCCAGGUGUGUCUCGAGGACGUGCAUGACAUCAUUAAAAGAGACUUAGGAGCCCGCAGCGGAGGAGCCUCUUAGAAAGCAGCUCUGGCUUACACUGAAGAGAACCACCCGCUCGCCCUUAAAGGGCCAGGUGAUCAUGUCUGGACCCCAAGUGGCACACCCACUAGUUUGCCAGAUUGACUUUUGGGAAGGAAUCCAUCUUUUGAAGGCUCUAUGUCUAAGUUUGAAAAAUCAGCCUGGGGACCUCCCCCAGGAGGUCCUCCUUUGGUUUAUGUAGAUAUCCUUUUGGUAAGCUUGGUAAUGCACAUAGGAGGAUUCAUUGGUAUGAAUAUAUAGCAACUCUCUAUCGGCAAAGCUGCAUUUCUGGACGUUUUUCUUUUUUUUAAAAACAAUGUUCACCAAUGCCUAUUGUUUCGAGUCAAUUUCUGCCAUCUUGGCAACCUUGCUAUAACCUUCUGUUUCUGUAUUAAUAUAUCAUUGUCGCCUAUGUGUUAAGCGUCUUUGGGUCCCUUGAAAGCUAUGUAAAGCCAAGAAAUAUUUUUUAUUAUAGAGAACCAUUCACAGACAUUUAUAAACUAUCUGAGCUGGAAUAUUUUGUUAUUUUUUUUAUUUUUAUUAAAAUGCUUUACAUUGGUAUUGCUUAUAUCCAUUUGUAUUUACCUACACAUACCUUCGAUGUUGCAUGUUGUUGUUUUGGUCAUAUGUCAUGAAAUUAGAUGCUCGGCAUCUGUUCAGUCAAAUGAGCAUCUGUCCUUCAUAUUGAU